AUGACAUAUAGAGACAGUUUCGUAUCCACUACCAGCUCGAAUACCUACCCCUCCACCAUGUCCAGCUUAUCUCACUCCGCAUUAGGUCUCACCGACUCCCCUUUACGUCCUCGACUUCGCUCCACCCUCGCCACUUCCACCCCAGCGUCUUCCGUCCCUGGUACACCCGUACGAACCAAAGCAUCCCAACAACAACUCCGGCAAGCUCCUUCGAGGAACUCGCUGCAUCAGGAAGCGACGACGAACGCAGCGAGAGGAGUGGUCCAGCAACAAUUCACGGAGGUUUUGCUCACCGUCGCACCGAAAUCAGCUCAAACAAAUUUGAUCAACGGUAAAGGUUCUCCACCUAUUCCAAGACCUACUUCGAGAAAUGGGACAGCUACAACUACAAGUCAAGGCAUACCAUCGAGACCAGCUACUAUAUCAGCCAAGACGACUUCUUCCCCCCAAGCAACAAAUCCCACUCGACCUGCAUCUACCACCCAAAUCGCUCCACCAAACCAACCUCAACGACCUCAAACUACUCAACUUCAAAAUGCAUCUCAAUCGUCUCGGUCAGCUCAGCAACCCGCUGUCCAAAGAAAAGCUGUACCACCUUCUCCAGCUCACACGGAGACUACCCUUGCUGAAGAAUGGGAGGCAGAGUUGAUCAAACAUACAGGUCAACUCAGUGUGCGACACCGACCAGCCCCUACACCUACACCCUUGCGACAAGCUCCAACAGCCAAAGAGCGAGAGGAACAGAGGUUGAAGGAUAUGGAAUGGGAGAGAUCAGGAAUGUGGGAUGCCACUAGAGAUCCAGCUAGAGAAGCUGAAGAUAGAGUUAGAAGAGAUUUAGGAAGGGAUAUAGCAUAUCCCCCUCAAACACCCCGUGUUCCCGUUCGAUCUGCACCCUCCGGUGUUACCUCCGUUCAUAUCGGUAUCAGACCUAGACUUCAUCCCACUAGAGCAUCCGAAUCGAUGACUCGCAAUCAACCUGAUUUUUCUAUCCCCUUACCUCUCUUCUCCCCUGCAUCAGCCUCAACAGACCUUCCAGAUAACGCGGCUAGGCCAUUUCAUAAUCCCAAGUAUGAUUCGGCAUUAGCUGAAAAGGCAAGAAAGGAAUACGAAGAUUGGAAAGCGCGGAAAGCAGAGAGGGAAGGUGGUGUGGGCGAUGAUGGAGAUGCACAUGGAACGAGAGAUUGGAUCCCCAAGAGUAGAGAAGUGGCUAGACCGGGAAAUGUGGAAGGUAUCGCUCAUUCCGACGCUUAUGAAGAUACGCACCACAGGAUGAGUGCUCAGGAUCAGAUGUUACUGCAUCAGCAAAUGCAAGCUAUGCAACAACAGGCUAUGCAAAUGCAAAUGCCGAGAGUGAAGACUACUGCCCAAGAUAGGAAAGUACCACCACAAGGAACGCCCAAAUCAAUAUCGAAAGUUGCAUCUCAACCUACAAUUCAAAAUCACGCUCAGGAUCAAAACCAAAAUCAACCUCAGAAGCAAGAUACAACCCAGCUUGUGAGUGAUGCCACUGUUGGUAACGAACAAGAUCAAAUGCAGGCUCUGCAGAAUUGGGGAUAUCCAUACCCCUAUGGAAUGGGCUAUGAUCCAAUGGGGAUGGGUCAAAUGCAAGGUACGGAAGGAUAUUAUCCUGAACAAGGUUAUUGGGAUCCGUCUUACUGGUGGGGUAUGGGAGGUAUGAUGGGUGAUCCUCAACAACUAGCGAUCGCUCAAAGCCAGGGCGAAAGUAACGAUGGCAAGAAAGUCCAAUUUGUUGAACCGAGCAUUACUGUAGGCUCCAACUCUUCACAAGAAGGUUCCGCUUUAUCCGCUCAAGCUGCUUCGACGCCCGUCACACCUGAAGAUCCGUAUGGGGAAAUGUAA